AUGACCAAGACUGUUGAUGAAGCUAAGGUUCUUAUUGAGAAUCUUGCAGCUAGUGAUUGUAACAACUGUCCUGAUUAUGACCGCUCAAGCCGCACCACUACUAGCUCCCCUGAUUCUUUUCAAAUGACUGAACUCAAGAACAUGAUGGCUCAAGUUCUUAAGGGACAGCUCAAGCAUAUCAAUGCAAUAGAAGGGAUGAGUGAUGCUAAUGAAGAUUCAUCAAGAGAAUGCAUGGGAGAUUUCUCUAAUGAAGCCAAUGAAGAAGAUGUGAACUACAUUGGAAACUAUGGGAACAAGGGAUACAAUCCAAGCUAUCGCCCAAACCCCAACAUGUCUUAUAGAAACCCCAAUGUGGAGAAUCCUCAAGACCAAGUGUAUCCUCCAAGGUAUCCACAACAACAAAGACCUCCUUACCAAUCUCAAGGAAGUCAAUUUCAGCCAAGGCAAGGAUAUGAGCAGAGAUCAUCAUAUCCGCCCAAGGAGCCAUAUGCUUCUUCACCAAAUCAAGCUCCUCCAAACCAACAAGGUGGGAGAUUUGAAGGAAUCCUCCAACAGAUCAUGGAUGGCCAGAAGAGAAACACUAAAGAGAUGUAUGAGAAGAUGGACACUUUGUUCAGCAAUCUCAACACCAAGUAUGAUGCUGUUGCCACUCAUGUGAAGAAACUAGAGACUCAAGUCACUCAAACUAUGGAAGCUGUUAAGAGACAGGAAGCUGAAUCCAAGAAGUCCUUUUGCAACUCAGCCGCCAUAGAAGAAAGAUUUGAAGACCAAGUUCCAGAAUGGAUGCUUUCAAAACCUACUGUUGAUUGCAUGAUUUGGCCUGAAGAGAAUUACCCAGAGAGAGAGUCCAAUCGAGCUAGAAAGAGAAGACUCUUCCCAAAGAUUAUCCCCAAGACAGAUAACUCAGGAAAGUUUGUGUGCCUUGUAUCAUCAAAGAUUGGAAAUUGCUCUAUCCCUACUGAUUUCCAGAUUGUGGAAAUGAGAGAGAGUAGCCAUAGACCUCUCAUAUUUGGAACCCCUUUCCUGUCUACUGUGGGUGCCAUAUUUGAUUUCCCCAAUCAAAGAAUCUCUUUCAACAAGGUGAACAAGGGUAUGUUCUUCCCUAUGUGUUCAACAAAGAACUCUUUUGUUGACAUGGUCCAAGAGGAGAAAGCUACUUUGAAGCCACCCCAAGAAGGAGAAACUGAAGAAACAAUCAAGGAAGAUCCCAUUCCUAAGCCCAAGCAGCUUGCCAAACAAGCAAGGAGUAAGACUAAGGCCCCUACACCAAAACCGCCCAAGGGAUCAACCAAGAUUGAAGAUGAGGCCAAGCCAAGAAGGAAGGUUAGAAAACCUAGGUCUGGCCGCAACAUGAAGCUUCUAUUCCCAAAGGAGCUUAUUGAUGAGAAUCUAGAAGGAUUCAAGGAGAAAGUGACAAGAACUCUAAAGCUUUUUCCUAAGGCAGUAGUGCCAAGGGACAUUCAUGGAGAGAUUGUCUAUCCAGCUGUGAAUCACCCACCAGAUACUCAUUGCAAGGAGAAAAGACUUGGAGGAUCAAGGAUGCCUCUUGUCUCCAUCUUCUCCUGA